UCUCAUUUAACGAACACAGAAUUAACACUGCCAACGAGCGCGGCGAGUUCGCCCUACAUGGUCGCGAUGAGCGCGACAGCAGUCCGCGUGUUGUUCCUCGUAAACGUCAAGUCCGGUCCGGUUUCGGCACGAUCGGACAUCGACACGUGGGCUCGACAAACGUGCGAAUCCGUCGUUGCCACUCUUUCCUUCACCGUCGUGGAUGGCGUGCGCAUCCAAAUUCCUGUAGCGUCUCUCAAACGGGAGCUGGGAACAGCAGAAUUGAAUUCCACCCUCUCGAUCUUUGCACCCGUAACGCAAACUGUCGACUGGACAACUCGCAGGAAGGAGUCGGAAAUGGGGCCGCGGUUAGGGUGGCCGGAACUAGGGCAAGGAUUACAGCUGGCCGAGGCUCCUGGCAGCCUGGACUACGAGUAUGCGAAAUGCUAAGUCCGAGAGACGGUCAAUCGGCGCCCAGUAAGCUUCCAAAUGGUCUUCUCCAGCCGUUCGAUGGCUCUCGACCGCGUCACCGCACCAACUUGAGCCCAGAAAGACACCGAAGCUAGCGCAUCACACCGCGAGGACUGGUCGGCGAGGGAUCCUCACGUAUACAUUCAUCAUGCCAGGGCACACAUCUGUGAUGCAGCGGCACGUAAAGCGGUGAUCUUUCCGUGGCGCAUAAAAAGCAAAUGAGUCUUUCGACAUACCGGCAGCAGUCCAACUCCUGACUUUCUCCACCUCAAUGCGCCUUGCAAUCUCCGCCUCCUCCCUGUUCCUCGUCCUGUUCAGCGCCGGCUCGGCACUCGGAGCCUCGCGCACGUCCCCCCCAGCCGGCGCGGUCGUCGUGCGCGCCGGCACGUCCGCCUCCGGCGAGUUCGCGACGCUCAGCGCGGCGGUGAAAUCGCUCGACUCGAGUAGCAACGUGACGAUCUUCAUGUACCCCGGGACUUAUGCGGAGCAGGUGGACAUCACGCGGGCCGGUCCUCUGACGAUCUACGGAUACACCACGGACACGUCGACGUACACCGCCAACCAGGUUGUCCUCACCGCCGGCCAGUCGCUCAACUCCGCGGGAUCAGAUGACGCGAGCGGCACCUUACGCGUGCACAAGAACGACUUCCGGAUGUACAACGUGAACGUCAAAAACACGUUUGGAGUCGGCGCGCAGGCGAUCGCGAUCAGCCAGUACGGGACCCGUGUGGGAAUGUAUGCGUGUGGGUUCUUCGGAUAUCAGGACACGGUCUAUGCGAACCAGGGCAACCAGGUGUAUCUCAAAAGCUACAUUGAGGGCGCUGUAGACUUCAUCUUCGGACGCAAGGCUUCUGCCUACUUUGGUGGAAACACUAUCGCCGUGAACGGGAAAGGAUGCAUCACUGCAAGUGGCCGCCAGUCGGAUGAUGCCAAUAGCUAUGUGUUCGACCAUAACACCGUCGUCAUCGCCUCCGAUGCCAAAUCGGACCCCUCCGGCCAGAUCUUCUUUGGUCGGCCAUGGGGCAAUUACGCCAAGGUGAUCUUCAAAAACACCGUGGUCAACGCAGGGCUUCAGACUGCCCUAUGGUCGGUCUGGAACCCUACAGCUCCGAACACUGACCACAUCCUCUUCGCGGACUUCAACACGACGGGCUCCGGCGCUGCCCAUCUGUCUCGCGCAAAUUUCUCGACUGCGCUCAGUGCCUCGCAAGCUGCGCAAUAUGAUAUCGCGAGCACUGUAGGGAAGGAUUACGCUACCUGGGUCGAUUUAGCCUACUUUGUUUAGUUCUGCGGAGUGUUUCGUCUAAAAGGUGAAUAAGAUAAGAUUAUAAUCUGUG